CUCGUUAAGAAGGGAAUCCAAAUUGGGGAAGAAGAAAAGGAGAAGAUAUAUACAGUACAAAAAAAAACAAUCUGGAUAUCAACGUGGCAAAAGCUCCAGUCAACAGGCUUCAAUGGAAGCCGCAGCGCUCUACACGUGGAUUGCCGAAGCUCCCAUUUCCCCCGCUCUUCUUCGCGCUCGUCUUCUCACUUCUCCUGUGCUUCAACGCCGGUUCUUCUUCUUCAUCUUCAUCGGAGACCGAAAUGAGUCACAUAUUUUUUAUCUGCCUUUUGUGAAACAGGGUAGUAAAUGUAAAAGUGUCUGGAAUAUAUUAAACCAGCGUGCUUGGGUUCAGCCCCGAGCCCUUAGUUUUACUAGUGGGAAGACAGAUGCUAAAAAUAAGGGUGAAUGUGUAAACAACGUUUCAGCUUGUAAAUGUGGAUUCUCAAUAUUGGACUCUAGCUUCUUCAGUGAUGCAAAGAUGAUUGAGGUGGAAAAGGCUGCAAAGGAGCUUAAUGUUCCUACAAUACGGGCCAACCGCAAGCUAGUUGCUUCUGUUAAUGGUGGCUUGCAUAACCCAUCUCCACUGGUUUUCAAUGCUGCUUGGAGUAACAAUCACGUGCAGCACAUGACUGGGAAAUUUUCUUAUCCUUCUCUCUCUAGUGUACAGAGACCAGGAAAUGACGAAGACAUUGCCUUUAUGAGUAUUCCUGAAUUGGGUGAACUCAUUAAGACAAAGCAAAUUACAUCCCAGGAGCUUACCGGUAUAUUUCUGAAUAGACUAAAGAGGUAUGGUCCUGUCUUGGAAUCAGUUGUUACUGUUACUGAAGAAUUAGCAUACCAACAAGCUAAAAAUGCCGAUCAGCUGCUUGCAAAGGGAGAACAUUUGGGUGUACUUCAUGGGAUUCCUUACGGUUUGAAGGAUAUAAUUGCAGUGCCUCGGUACAAGACAACGUGGGGAUCUACAACUUUCAAAAAUCAGACUCUUGAUAUUGAGGCUUGGGUUUAUAGAAGGUUGAAAUCUGCCGGAGCAGUUCUUGUUGCUAAGCUGGUUACGGGAUCAUUAGCAUACGAUGAUAUCUGGUUUGGUGGAAGAACAAGGAACCCAUGGAAUAUUCAAGAAUAUUCCACCGGUUCAUCAGCUGGACCUGCUGCUUGCACCUCCGCAGGUUUAGUUCCCUUUGCAAUUGGUUCAGAAACAGCGGGGUCCAUGACAUACCCUGCUUCUCGUUGUGGUGUCACUGCAAUUCGGCCUUCUUUCGGAUCGGUUGGUCGAACUGGAGUUAUGAGCAUAUCCGAGAGCCUGGAUAAAUUAGGGCCUUUCUGUAGAGAUGCAGCAGAUUGUGCAAUCGUUCUGGAUGCAAUCCGUGGUAAGGAUCCUGACGAUCCAUCGUCGAGGAACAUCCCCCUACCUGAUCCUUUUUUAGUGGAUAUCAAGAUGCUCACUGUUGGAUAUCUAAAGGACGCUGAUAUGGAGGUUGUUGAUGUCCUCAAGACAAAAGGAGUAAAGAUGGUUCCAUUUGAACUAAACUACACUGUUGACUCAGCUCAAGGCAUCCUUAAUUUCACAAUGGAUGUUGAUAUGCUUUCUCAUUUCGAUGAGUGGCAGCAGUCAAACAAAGAUGAUGAGUAUGAGGCUCAAGAUCAAUGGCCUCUUGAACUUCGGCGAGCACGCGUCAUACCUGCUGUGGAUUAUAUUCAGGCACAAAGAGCAAGAGGAAAACUAAUUGAGGAAGUGAGAGAGAGUUUCAAAGUGGAUGCCUUCAUUGGAAAUGCAACUGAUUGGGAGAAAGUAUGUGUGGGAAAUCUCGUGGGCAUGCCCGUGGUUGUCAUCCCGACUGGGUUUAAGAAGAUAUCAGAUUCACCUUCAAAUGAUACUCGACGGAGAACAGCAAUCACCACCGGGAUUUAUGCCCCUCCCGACCAUGACCAUAUUGCAUUGGCAUUGGCAAUGGCUUAUCAGUCUGUAACGGAUCAUCACAAGCAUCGCCCACCCAUCGAUGAUCUUGGCCCAAAUGACUCCGUCCCAAAUCCACCUCCGCCCCCCAUUCCACCCCGACAGCUCCGUGCGUAUUAGAGCUUGCAGGAUGCCUACUUUAUAAAAAAAAAGUGAGACCUUCAUCUUCUUCCCCUUCUGGGACUAAGGUGUUUUCUGAUAAUGGGCUCUUUACAUCUUUGCUUGGUGUAAGCAAGCAAUGGUGAAGAUAUCCGGCUGGUCUUUGCGUUGAAGAUUUCUUUGAAACCUCUCUACUGGGUUUGUUUAUUGUUGUUGUAUGAGUUAGAUUCUGAUUAAACCUUAAUUUACCCCUCCUAGCAGCAAUAUAAAUGAACUGGGUUCACCUUUUUUUAUGAUGCAAAACAUUAGUACCAAAUAGAGACUUAAAAGUGCAUUUAUUUCAAAUGAAUGUGAAGCUAGAUG